AUGAUCGAGGUUCUGUCCUCGGUUUACGAGAACAUACCUCCUGACCUGGCUCCGGUUCGACGCGGACAGCGCCAGUACCGGGAACUCAACGCCACCGUGGAUCGAAAUUCGGAGUUGAAGACGCUGAUCCAGCAGAUGGAGUCAGUACUCUACGACGCCAGUCUCACUGCGAAGCGUCAUCCUCUCCCUCGGAGAAAGCGGUUCGCCACUACUCACUCCAUCUCCCGGAUCGCGGCUUUCUCAGCGAGUUAG